AUGUGCAAUAGAUGGAAUAUAAAUUGGACACAAAAUGCUACGGAAGAAGCUGAAGCUGUAUCAUCUAUCUCGUGCUCAGGCCAUGGAAGGGCUUUCUUGGAUGGUUUAUUUCUUCAUGGCAAGCCAGUUUGCGAGUGCAACAUGUGCUAUGGAGGAAGUGAUUGCUCACAGCUCUUAUCUGAUUGCAUGGUUGAUGCUGAUAGUGGAGAUCCAACAUUUUUGGAGCCCUUUUGGAUGAAGAAUGCAGCUAGCAGUGCCAUAGUGAUUGCAGGGUGGCAUCGGAUGAGCUAUGAAUUCAAUGAUGGGUCUCUCAUCUCACAAGAGUUGAAGGCACGCAUUCGAAAAGUCCAUGCCAGCGUUGGAAAUGCUAAUACAGAUGGAAAGUACAUAAUAUUUGGAGCAGGUGCCACCCAUCUUCUUAAUGCUGCAGUACAUGCACUUUCUUCACCUGCUUCAAAUUCACCCACAAAAGUGGUAGCUUCAACUCCUUAUUACCCGGUUUAUAAAGAGCAAACUGAAUUUUUCAAAUCUGAGGAUUAUAAAUUCAAUGGGGACUCAUCAAUGUGGAAGAGUGAUGCAUCAAACACGACAUUUGUUGAGUUGGUGACUUCUCCUAAUAAUCCAGACGGCCAAUUGAAGAAGGCUGUUCUUCAAGGCCAAUUUGUGAAGACAAUUCAUGAUCUUUCCUACUUCUGGCCGCAUUUCACACCUAUCCCAGCACCAGUUGAUGAAGAUUUAAUGAUAUUCUCACUUUCUAAGCUAACAGGUCAUGCUGGAAGCCGAUUUGGGUGGGCAAUAAUAAAGGAUGAAGCAGUUUACAAAAGAAUGUUGACAUACAUGGACUUGAGUACCUAUGGUGUUUCUAGAGAGACUCAACUAAGGGUUCUAAAGCUUUUAAAAGUAGUCCUAAGUGGAAACGGGAGGUCAAUGUAUGAAUUUGGAUACAACACCAUGAAGAACCGAUGGACCAGAUUGGGGAAAAUUUUGUCUCAAUCAAAAAGAUUUUCUAUUCAAGACUUAAAACCUCAAUCUUGUUCGUUUCGCCAGCAACUCAGAACACCUUCUCCAGCUUUUGCAUGGUUGAAGUGUGAAACAUCAAUAUCAGAAGGUCGUUCUUGCUAUGAACUUCUCAAAGCAGUUAAUAUUACUGGCCGUGCAGGAAGUAGGUUUGGUGUUGACAACAGUUAUGUGCGUCUUAGCUUGGUUAGGAGCGAAGAUGACUUCGAUUUAUUGCUAAAACAGAUGAAUAAGAUAAUUUCUAUGGAAACAUAUGAUAAACAUGUGGCUAAAACUUCAAUUGAUUCAAGGCAAAGCAAUGAGUCUACGCCGUUGUUGCCUAUUGAAUGUUGUAGGAAUAGAUCAUUGGAUUUGAGAUUUGCAUUAUACACAUUAUCAGAACUUUGA